AUGGUGGGGUGCCGGGAGGAGAAACGCGUCCUCUUCUCCCGCCGGCGCGCACCUGGCGGGAGGUGGGGUCUGAGAGCCCAAGUGCUACGAGACUCUGAGCGAAGGGGAGGGAUCCAAAUCCAGAGCCCCCUGCCGGUCCCCGGCGCUCACCGAGGGCGGCCUCGGCCCGGGUCUCCUGCGGCUCCCGGAGAGGCCGCGCGGCUGUCGCAUCCUACGGUGCCCCGGGCGCCUCGGGGGACCCGCCGGCGCCUCCUCCGCGUCUCCCGGGGUGGCGGCGGUCCAGGGGCGAGAGCCGGCGAGUUGCCGGGAGGUGGACGCGUCACGCUACGAGUCUCUCCGGGCGCGCGGGGGCGGAGACCGGCCAGGCGAGGGGCGUGGGUGGCCGGAAGACACAUCAGGAAGGCGGGGCCAAAAUUAGGAGGAAGUGAAAAGCAAGCCCGCACAUUCAAGCAACCGAGCCAUGAGUGCACGCCAAGCCGUCUGUUGCACCGUCGCUUUGAUUCGGUUCCCAGCAUUUCUCCUUUUUCUAUGUCAACACGGCAGAUGCUGCUUAUGUGACCAAUUCCAACAAAAACUUUGGGCACGGCAUCCCUAAUGAGCAUCCAUGUGGACCACGUUUCACAGGUGCCCUCACAACUCAUUGCUGGAGAAAUUAAGCACAUCUGUGUGACUCCACGGGCAAGGACUCCAGGAAGCUUGUGCCUGGUUUUUUCUGCACUUCACCCCAUAUGCUUAUUCCCAAUGUUGACUGUGCUUUGUAGCCUCCCACUCCAAUAAACCAUAGCCACAAUACAA